AUGGGUGUUCAUUUUGAUGAUAAUGCUAAUACGACGUGGGAGGCCACAGGUUCUGUCCCUUCGAGUGAUGCUGAAGGACAUCACCAUGGGACCGAAUCUAUACAAUUGCGGGACUUUACGAACGUAGAUAUGGAAAGCAUGCCUGAUGAAGAGGGAACCGAAAAUAACAAGUCAAGAUGGCUGCUCUUGAAGAGAAAAUCACCCAUACAGAAGUUUUUUGAAAGAGUUUGGAAUGGCCCUGUUGAACCUAGUGACGAACAGCCCAGCUUUCCCAAACGUUGGGGAUGGUUGAAAAGAAUAGAUGAGUUUCCACAAAAUACAUUCAAAGCUAAGAUAUCGAAUAAGUUUAUACGGUUAUUACUACUAGUUGCAUACUGCGGCUUUUGGAUGCGUAUAUUUUACUUCCUCAUUUAUCCGUACCUUAUCAGGCCACCGUAUUUCCAUCCUAAUGAUGGCUCCGAGAGGGUUCCCAUUCUGUCUUUAAGUUGCAACUCCUACUUGAAUUGGGAGGGUACUAAUAAUGAAUGCGGCUUGAAUGCUAAAAACUGCGGUCCCCUUGACGAUGAAGAAUACAUGAUCAGGUGCCCAGCAUUAUGUGAUAGAGGUGGGUGGACGUACUCUGCCAUUGCAGUUGGGAAUAGAAGAGUGAAAUACACAGGAUACGAAAUUGGUGGAGGUGCUUUGUUCAGUGAAGAGGACCCGAUGGCUGUGUCCUAUCCUUACCGAAGCGACUCCUUUCCAUGUGCAUCUGCAGUGCAUGCAGGUGUUAUUUCGCCAUUUUAUGGUGGGUGUACUAAAAUUUCUAUGCAAGGAGCACAAAAUUCUUUCCCAUCAAGAAAGGGGAUGUACAACACAGGUUUUUCAGUAGCGUUUAAUUCAUUUUUUCCCGGUUCGUACUCAUUCAGAGAUAUACAAGGUGGUAUUUUGUCAGGCUGUUAUGAUCCUCGAGCAGCUGUAGUGGCAUUGAAUAUUCUUUUUGGAUUACCAAUAUUUUAUUUAUACGAUAGUAUUUAUGGAUAUUGGAUAAACACAAUAGUAGGUUAUUGGACUCUUGUAUUAUCGUUGGACCCUCCUCUCUUAACAGAUGCACAUGAUCCAGCUAGCGUGUACGAGCUUUUCAGUGUAGGUUUUCAACGACUUCUACCUUUAUGCUUCGUUUUGUAUGUUGUUUGGAAGAGUGCCGUAAAGAGGACACUAGAAAAUGGCUCACCUAUAGCGAAGUUGAUACUUUGGUAUCCUACAUUCUGGCUAGGCAUCUCGAAUAAUGUAACAUUUGACCGAUUACCUGUUGAUAGACUAACGGCAACAGAUUUGAAAGAACAAGCUGGUGCACUAACUGCUGUGGGAUCUAUCGCCGCGACUAUUCUUACAUGUGCAUUUAUACAAGCUUAUUCACUUUGGAAAUCAGGACGUUUCAGAAAGUAUUUCAAAAUAUAUAUUUCUUUUAUUGGUGGAUUGGUAGCGUUAGGAUAUUUGCCCGGGCUAAAUUUGAGAAUACACCAUUACAUCUUAGGCACGUUACUGCUUCCAGGAUGUGCUACUAGAGGUUCAUCAGCCUAUCUGUUCCAAGGUAUUUUAGUUGGGCUAAUUUUAUCUGGUGUUGCAAGAUGGGAUUUUGCAAGUAUAGUCGAGACUGAUACGGCUUUGUUAAGAGGGGAGGCAGGGGCUUCUUUGAAGCCACCAAUAUUAGAUUAUAACAGUGAUCAAGUUCACUCCCUGUCAUGGCAUCUAAAUGCAACCGAUUCAGUAACUGAUCAAAUAGGAAUUAUAGACGGCUUUUCAUUGCUUUUAAAUGAUGUAGAAGUGUACGUCGGCAAGAACGAAACAGUGAGCAUUGAUGCUCUCCGAGUGGGAAAUCCGGAACUUACCAAAAUGAUGGACGAUGCUCUUGAUGCUUCCAACGGAACAAUAGACUUGUACUUAAGAGUGGCUCGUGCUUCUGUACGAUCUCCAACAAAUAGAGGCGACUAUACGAAUGCAGGAGUGCUACAAUGGCCCAAAGGGAUAUGGAAACAGCCUGAACCAGGUGUAUCAUAA